AUGAGCCUGCGCCUCCGGUCGAGCAUCGCGUCGCGGGACGACGCGACGCGGGCCCUGCGGCGCCUCAGCGCCGUGCGCGCCGUCAAGGACGACGAGCGGCGGCGCUUCUCCGCGGCCCUCGAGGCCCUGGGCCUCGGCGGCGCGGCGACGCUGUCCCCCGGCGACCUCGCGGCCGUCGUCGAGGCGCUCUGCGGGGGCCCCGCGGACGCCGACGGCUUGGCGUACGCGCGGCGCGAGGCGCUCCGGUGGCACCGGGGCCGCGCGGGCGCGGCGAUCGCGCGGCCCGCGCGGAGCGACGCCGACGGCCGCGCGCCCGUCGCGGAGCUCGCGCUCCGGGGCGAGCGCGCGGCGCCCUGCGACGCGGCCGUCGCCGUCGCCGCCGCGGAACCGCCCGGCGCCGGCGACGGAAAAGAGCCCGGCGCCGGCGACGGCGACGACCUGCCCGAGGGCGCGGCGCCGCGGGCCGUGCAGCGCUACCGGCGCUACCUCGCCCACGCGGCCCUCCUCGACGACGCCUGCGCGCGCUACGGGGACGGGGAGGGCGUCGUGGGCCGCGACGCGCUGCCGAAGGCGCUCAAAUUCCUCGUCGCGGAGACGGGGCCGCCGCGCGGCGUCUCGCGGCGCGACGCGGACCGCGUCCUCGACGACGUCGCCGCCGGGCGGCCGGGCCUCGACAAGUCCGAGCUCCUCAGCGCCGUCGCGAGCUUCCACCGCCGCCGGGCCGUCGACGCGCUCGCCGAGGUCGUCGAGUCGCGGCGCGCGUCCGCGGCCUGCGCGAUCAGCUAG